UUGCCAGAUAGCUGUUCACCGCUGGUAGGCCACGAGGAGCUCCGAAACCAUUGCUUCAGUCAGUUUUUGUCUGGUGAACGUUGUGUAUUGAGUGCGUCAUGUGAAAUAUGGCAACUGUUUUAUGUUGAAGAAAAUUCAGCUGCUAUCAUGUCAUGUGACACGCAUUCAUCAGUGAGGAAAGUUGUUUUAACGUGAGCGGGAAAAUUCGAAUAGAAUUUUUCAAUCCAGAGUAGCACACGAGAUUAAAUGAUCACCACUAGCAAUAGCCUCUAUAUUUAUUAACAAUCGUUUAACCACCGUUAAUUAUGACAUCAGAGUGGAGCCAUGAAUUUGUCAAUAGGUUGACUGGAAGAGCGUUUGGAUAUUUCGCCAACGGUUAACUAUCCCCCGUCCCUUCCCCUCACUCUGUCCCCUUCCGUUUUUCGUGAUAAUCGCGAUUAAAUGAGUGAAACAAACAGAGACUGAUUGAUUUUGUUGGCGGUUAACAGGGGCUUAUUGUUGAAAUUAUAAACGAGAGAACAAAGGCUCUACGGAGAGUACGGCCUCAGAGCCACAGGAGAUGGGAGGUGGCUCGAGAUCAUCAUUACGAUAUAAAUUAUCAAAUACCAGUAAUGAAAAUCCGUGUGUCCAUUAUUCAGAGAUAUUGCCAAUCGCCUCUGAUGCUGGUAAUACCGAUAAUCCUCGUGAUAAUAAAUUGUGCAACGUGUACAGAGAUUGUCGUGUGCCCAGCGGGAUGUCAGUGCGACGGGGAGAAUUUUUACUGCAUAGGAAGGAGUUUUUUAGGCCUCGGUCUACCACAAAAUGCAAAAAAUGUUGUACUGACAAAUGUCAGGGCAGCAGAACUAUCAGUGGCUGCACUGGAGUCAUCAGAUUUUCUAGAGUGGCUUGUAUGGCGAUCAAGUGGAAUAGAGAGAAUAGAGCCAGGAGUUUUUCUAUCAACUCCAUUAUUAGAACACCUGGAUCUAGGUGACAAUCGUAUUGCAACAUUGCCAGAGGACGUAUUAGGUCCAUUAAAUCGUCUGAGAUACCUCAAUUUAACGGGCAAUUCGUUGACAAGCCUCCCCAGAUCAGCUAUUCAGGGAUUAGAAUCAUUGGAGAUACUCCUACUGGCGCACAAUCAAAUAGCUGUUCUUCCUUAUCAAGCAUUUGUCGUUGUUAAAUCCUUAAUACAUCUUGACCUUACUGGUAAUCGUAUUGUAUCAUUGCCGGAUCACACAUUCAAGCCAAAUCGUGAAUUACUCAGUCUUCGGUUGUCCUCGAAUCGUCUCACCAAGUUGCCUAGUCGUUUAUUCUCAGGAUUAAAAAAACUCCAGCAUCUUGAUGUAUCGAGCAAUGACAUUGAUAUACUUCCAAGGAGCUUCUUCUCAGAAUUAUCACAACUCGAGGAUCUAGACAUAUCCGGCAAUCCCAUUGCUAAUUUAUCCAAUAUAGCAUUCCAGGGCCUCACUAAUCUCGUACACGUGAAUCUUGGUGGUACAAGACUGACGAAAUUACCGAGAGAUGUUUGGAGACCAGUCCCCGAGUUACGAUCACUGGUACUGGACAAUACGAGAAUAGAAGUACUCAGGAAUGAUGAUUUAAUUGGCCUUUCAAAGCUUGAGAAUCUCACGAUAUCCGACAGUCCUCUUCGUGGCAUUGAAUCCAAAACCCUGAAUCAUUUGUCUGAACUCCGUAAUUUAAAUCUUCGCAACAACGAUUUAACAUUUUUACCAGCAUCACUGGCUCAUCUUAAACGCCUAGAGCAUCUUCAUCUACAGGGAAAUCCAUGGGCAUGUGAUUGCCGAAUGUUUUGGUUCGUUAAGUGGGCCGAGAGUCACGCACACAGAACUGCAUUUGAAUCUGGAUUGAGUUGUGGACAAACUGAGACUGUUGACACCAUCCAGGCUCUACGUUACUUAAACUGUACAGCCCCAUUCUUAACCCAUGUCACCAAUACCGAGGUAUUGCAUCGUUUGAAUAGUUCAGUAUUGCUGGAGUGCGAAUUCAAUGGCAAUCCAGCCCCAUCGUUGACCUGGGUAACACCCCAAUUGGAGAUAUUCCAUUGGAAUCCGGAUCCAUCAUUCCCCGAUGCUUUUCACGAUCAUGCAGCUCAUCAUGGCGUUCAGGAUAUGAGAAAUUUAGGGAAUAUGGGACACGUUAGACUGAUGGAUAAUGGCUCACUUCUCAUAACUCAUUUACUUAGACAGGAUGUUGGACGGUACAAGUGUUUUGCCGUUAAUCCAAUUGCCAAUAUGACUACCUUCGUUUACCUCAAGAUGAAUCCUAUAACUUAUUAUGAAAUUAAAAUAUUCAGUAUAGUUGUUGGUGCUGCUUGUACUGUAAUAUUUCUAUUGCUAACUCUGUUUGUACAGUUUCUACGUUAUGCAUUCAGUCGAUGCGGCUGUUGCAGCUGGUGUUCUUGCUGCAGGCGCGGUACACGUGCUAAACAAAUAUACCAAAUGCUUGAUAACAUCGAGCAGUACAAGAGUCAGCAGCUGGAGCGUUUACGCGAGAAUUACACCCAGCAAGUUCACAGGAUCAAGGACAAUUGUGCGCAGCAAGUUGAGUGGAUAAGGGACAGCUACGAAGGACAAAUGCGGCACAUUAGGGACAUCAGGGAUUAUGGUACGAGCCACCUAACGACACUCAAGGAUCAGUACUACGAUCAGGUGAAACGUGUGCGUGAUUAUUCAACUGGCCAGCUGAACUGGGUGCGUGAGAACUACGUCUUUCAACGUAACAAAAUACGAAAGUUCAGUGCACAUCAGGUACUUCGGUUGCGUGAGAGCUACAAGUACCAGCAACAGACAUUGAACAAAGUAUUGGAAAAUCUGCCAAAUCUGUAUUUCGAUAAUUGUCGUAGUGGAUCGUGUGGUAGGAGUGAUUCGUGUGUUUUCGAUGAAAAAGACAUGAAUGGUCCCGAAAUGGAGACUUACUUCAAAAGAAAAUUGGACAGAUUGGACGGCUGUGCGAGCAAUGAAGAUCUCAAUAGUGAGUAUUACACACCAACUGAGUUUUCAGCAGCGAGUCCACACGGUCCUGGAUUUAUCGAUGGAAUUCACAUUAAUUACAUCGAGGACGGGCCACCGCCACCGUUCGAACACUUCAGGGGUAAUUCAUUGUUUCGUACUGAUAAUGAGCAGUGUGAUGAGCCAGUGGCUAAGGGGUUUGAUGUCAAUACACCGGUUUAUCGUGGCACCAGUGCUGAAUUUAUUGGGAAAGAGCAGGCAAGUACACCGGAGGUACUUGGACUGCUCGGGCCAUCAGCAAGUAUGCCGGAAUUGCCACGUGAAACACGGCUGUAAUAAACUCAAAGUGUGAUAAAUAACAUUGAUUGUUAAAUAAUUUACGAAUACUGUGAUUGAUACGAGAUGAGGCGUGAUCAUUUUUUUUCUCUCUAUCUCUCUUCAAUUUUCGAACGAGUUCAACGUGUGGCGAUGUGCCUUCCAUAGAUGUUUCGAGGAUAAUUGUGUCACGAUACUGCUGCUCAGGUACUGCUGUACCUGACGCGAUUGUAUACGAGUGAUUUGAAAGAAGCAGAUGAUUAAUAAACCAAUGUGUGCCAGGAUAAUGCGAGAGACUUGCUAUGUUUUUUUUUUCUUAUUCAUUCUGGAAAAUUGUCGAGGAAUUCAUCAACUCCUGGAUUCACACUAGCAUUCAUCAAUUGAAUGAAUAUUGUAGAGUAAAUUUUACGCUAUUUCUGCCAAUUCCUAGGCGUCAAUUGAGAAUAAAGAUUGAAGACAUGUAUUUCCUGAGUGAUUCGAUUGUCUGAAUGAAGACCACUGACUUCAGAAUGCUCUCGUUAUUAUGUUCAGUAGACUGUUAUUUUUGGUUAAUCGCGGAGAAUUUGAGAAACAGCAGUUUCAUGUCCAACGCGACUUUUGAUUGAAUGGUAAUGAUUAAUGAAGUAACACAUAGUGACAAUUGCCAACAAAACGCCGAAAUAUGUUGCAAAUAUAAAACACAACGUUCAGUCGCUGAGAAUAAGUCACGUGAACUUGAGAUUGGCAAUUACAGGACUAGAUGAUGAAGUUUCUGGCUAUGGUCCUGCGAUAAAUGGCGCAAUAGAUCUGAAAAUACGUCUUCCGAUGACUUUAACAAAGAAAUUCAUAGAUUUUUAUUGAAUUCCCCAACUAACGGAUUUUUAUCGCCAAUACGAUUGUAGCCGGUUAUUAUUAGUAACGUACAUCGGAACGCAUGUUGCCAAAUUGUCAAUUGACGAUUCAAUAAUUAAUGGAGCAGCAAUUAACGACGACUAGUUGAUACUCAUCAGUCUAGUGCUUGUUUCCUCUCCGCUAUUUUGAAACUGAAGGUACCAUGUGGAACUACUGUAUUCAAUGGAGUCAUGAGAAUUGAAUGCUCUACUGGGUAUUAUUGACAACAAUACGAACGUGAUAAUUAAGUUAUUUCCAAGUUAUUGUUGAUUGUACGAGUUAUUGACUGUCGAUUUGCUCGAGGAACAAUUUUUUUUUUGUAUGCUAACAAUUGAUGUUGAAUGAGAAUUGUGGAUGAACAAGUACGAUGUGAUUCUUGAUUGAAAUAUUUGGAAUUCUGGAGUGUUGCACUCUCAGUCUCUCCAUUCCCCGGAAGUUGGUACUUAUGCUUCCUUCCGCAUAAAUAUUUUUAUACAUGAUCAUCUUGUCUGAUUAUAUUCAUAAGUAAAACAUAAGUAUCAACCCUUGAGUUGUGUAUGAAUUUUUAGGGGUGCGAGUAGAAUUAAAUUAUCACUAGGUAGAAAUCAAAUGAAUUGAGGGAAUUAUCCUCUCACCUGUAGUCUGAUAGAAGGAACGGAUAAUAAAGAGAAUUUCGAGGAAUUGUGUAGAUGUCACAGUGGAGAGACAUCAUUUUUGCUCGGUUUUAACGAAACAAGAAAUUAAUAAAGUUGAAUUUAGAUCAAUUGGGGCUGUUUCCAUAAAUUAUUAUUGGAGCGUAUCGAAUUUAGAUUCAGUUGUACGAUAGUUCUAAUCAAAGAUCUAGCGAUUGGUAUUUUUCAUUGAUUAAAUUUGAAAAAAUAUUAUCGGAUAGUUUAUUUUUUUUGGAGAGUACGAAUACGAUUAACCACUAUCAACCGAGAUAGCGUCAUCAGUGACGUUAACGAACAAGUCGAGCACGACUCGUGUUAUUACGUAAUCGGUGUAACGAGUAUGACAGAGUGAAGAGUGGCUCCGCCAUGUUGGCGACCGGCAAUUUUGUCUUCCCUCACUUCUCCAUAGGAUCGAUUAGACCAUUGAAUUUCGUAAAAAAUAAGUUUGUUUUCAUUGCAAUAAAGAAAAAGAAAUUCUCGUUGUCGAUUCCCCGACAACUCGACUGUGACUUGUCAACGAAUUGGACGUCAAUAUAAUCCAAUCUAGUUGUUAAUUGUAAAUAGUUCAUUUAAUCAUUGUAAAUAUUAAUAAAUAUACGAUAGAAAAUGUAA